GCGUUACCAUGGGUUUCUAAUAUUCCCCUGUAAAACUUAUCAUACUAUCCUUUUCUAACAAGCCCUGUGUAAAUGAAAUAAACUGAGGCUUCAAGUGACAAGUGACUGCAGAUGAGAUAUUUGACAAGCAGCGUCGUAAAACGAGAAAAACAAUUUGCGUGAAAUUCCUUAAAACCCACAUAAAUUCCGCAAAAUAUCUUUUUAACGAAAGUGGAAAAGAUCGUGUGAUAUUUUAUUUGUGUAUGGGCUAUUCUUUUAGCUGAAAAUGGAGGAGGAGAACGAAUAUGAAUAUAAACGCGCAAAGGACCGCAGCCCUUCCCCUGGCAUCAAAUCCACAGCAGUUGUCAAGUACACAGCGUUCCCGAGCCCGGUGAGCUAUGCUCGGCUGCAAUGUAAUACGGACUUGAACCUGCCGCCCUCCAACUGGGGGGCCGCUAUAGACUCGUACGGGCUGAAGCAGAUAUUGACGGGGAGUACUCCGUUGUCUAGUUUCCGCAUGGCGCAUAUGUUUCCCGACUGCGUUGGCGCUGUAGACGUCAUUUCGGGUGCGGAGUGCAUCAAGAAACUGCUCAAGUUGCCCUACCAACCUAACGGGACCGUGAGCAUGAUGGUGCACCGAGUGGAGAACACGCUUCUCCUGGAUGAUUUCGACGUUUACGACUAUUUGAUGAAGUCAGAAUGGGGCUGGCUGAAAGACUUCUUUUAUGAGAACAUCUUGAAGACUAUGUCGGAAAAGGAGCGAAUGAGUUUAACUCCUCCACCGACACACAACGCACUGCAGCUCACACACAAGUUCCUGUCACACAGCGUCUGUGUACCUGAAGCUAAGGGGCCUACACCUGGGCCCAGUCCUGGACCAUACUUGCCCGAGCCAGAACGUUCAGAACCUCCCAACGAGCACCUCUACGACCGAAACGUCCUCUGGACCUUCGAAGACAUCCAAAUGCUCAUCGGGAGCGACUUGCCUAUCUUCGGUGACAAAGACAGACCCUGUGUCUCACUCCGACUCAGAGACGCUAGAGAACCGAUCAACGUUCUAACCGGCAUCGACUACUGGCUUGACAAUCUCAUGUGCAACGUCCCCGAAGUACUAAUGUGUUACCACUUAGAUGGUAUCGUUCAGAAAUAUGAACCGAUGAAGACCGAAGACUUACCCAAUAUGGAAAAUUCUAAAUUCUCACCGAAGGUUGUGCGAAAUGUUGCUCAGAAUAUACUAUCCUUCCUGAAAUAUAAUGCAACGAAGGCAGGACAUACUUAUUGGUUAUUUAAGGGGCCGCAUGAUGAUGUGGUUAAGCUGUAUGACUUGACGUCUCUGUGCCCGGACAGUUUGGAUAAUCCGUUCACAACUCCCGUUGCUAUGCUGCUGUAUAGGGUGGCGAGGAAUAUGAGAUUGACUAAUAGAUCUCGUCAUGUAAGGCAGUUGUUGGAGCAGGCUAUAAACCUGCUAAAAGUGGAGAGGUACCCACAAAUAGUGGCGUCUUCACACUACAUGUUGGCUGACUUGUACGUACCGGCGACCACCAACCCCGCUUGCCCGGAUUUUAAAGAUGAAAGUUCAGACUCAGAAAGCGAAGAUCCGGACUUCGAACCAACCGAAGUGACAUCAGAGCGAGACGUAGAUAGCGUGAAAGAUGAGACGGAAACAUUCAACGACAUCGACGACAGUGGUGAUAAAAACGAAAAUGACAGUGGUGAUAAAAAUAAAAGUGGUGAUAGUGAAAAUGGGAGGGAUGCUAAAAUUAGUGAUGAUAAAGUUGGGGAUGGUAAAGUGAGUGAUGGUAAAGAUGGUAAAAGUGAGUGUGGGGAUGGUGAUGGGGAGAAGGAGGAGAAAUCUUUGGCGCUGCAGAUGAGAGGGUUGGCGUUGAGAGAUAUUGGGGAUAAAAUGAAAAAAGAAGAGGACAAUAAGCGGAAAGGUCGCGAAGCCAAAGGUUUAGGAGUGGAGCCUCCCGACCGCUGUGGUCAUGCAUUGAGGCACGCACUCAAAGGGUUGUUAGCUCUACACAAUGUUACCAUAGACAAGUGUAAGGAGGAAGAACGAGAAAGGCUAAAAGAACAAAUCCUAAUAGAAGAGCAACACCCAAAAAUGGCGAACCCGUACGAACCGAUAUCCAUGAACUACGAACCCAUCAAACAAAUCAACAAAGACAAAGAACACAACUCAAGAAGCAGAAGAAGGAAAAGAGAAAAGAAAAUCUCUAAAAGCGAAUACCUCAUAGAAGCAAAUAGUAACAUAGACAAAAACGCUAUUCUAGUGCGAAAAGAACAGAAAAAACUACCUACUUACAGCGAAACUAAUCGAGAUGACAACUUCGCUUGGAAAUUGCAUUUGAAAACUUUACUCUAUGAGAAAAUCUGUCUAGCGUAUGCUACCUUAGCUGAGUAUAGCUAUGCUCAUGAGCAGUACGGAUUUUCGUUAAAAUAUAUAGAAUUAGCUAGUAAAUGUCAGAAGUUAUUAUCAAAUAUGAUAAUAAAAAGUAAGGUAGUCGACUCUAGUUGCCUUAUAGGGAGGAUGGGGGAUAAUUUCUUUCAGUUGAGUAAGAACUGGCAUAGACUAGAGCAGUUUAAGAAACAGUUUGAGACAGAUCAUGAUAUCGAUAGUAAGAUUAAGUUGGAGAUUGAAAAUGAUUUGGUAGAGGAAGUGGAGGGGGUUUUGACGAAUGAAUUUGAUUUGGACAUAUCACUACCAAACAGCGAGCUAUCUUCAAUGUUGGCCUGUUGUUCAUACUAUCGCCUAGCAUUGGCGGCUACAAGUGAUAAAAGAGCUGAACUACAACGUCGGUUAGCCUCUGUCACCAAUGAGUUGGCUGUUCGCUACAUGAACGACGCUCAACAAAUCUACGCCAAAUACAACGAAGAGGAGCCCCAAGACCCGAAAGCGCAGCUCCUCCUCAAACAAUUCAACACUCUGUCCAAACGCUCGCUAGAAUGCUUGGACGAGGCGUCCACCAUAUUUGAGGAAGUCAAUGAUGUGCCUAAUCUGGCCUUGCUGUAUUGUAAUAAGGGAAGAUACUUGAGGUUUAAGGCGCAUUGUGAUCAGGGCAGUUUUGAUGAAAGGAAACGUAAACUAUACAACACAGCCGAAGAACUCUACCUCACUGCCUUAAAAUUAGUUGGUAGAGGCGACACAGGCGGAGUUAGAGAGUUGGUUCAAUGGGAACUUUCCUGUCAUCUCUAUACCAGAGCUGUAUUGAUGCAAGACUGUCCUGGGAGUCGCCCUAACGAGGUGUCAGAGGUCGCCGAAGCGUUCAACCACGCUUUGAAGUACUGUCAACUAACACCAGGACCAAGGCAGUACUUGUACCAGUUCCGAGCUGCCAUGAUACACCAUCGCUUGGGCUCGCUGUAUCAUUCACAAUACAGGAUAACUUCCGAAGAAGGUCCGAAGCGGCGUGCCCUGCUCAACUCUGCUCGAACUAACUAUAUGUCGUGUACACAUAUGUUUGCGGCUUUGGAAGACGCUAGCAUGUUUUUAACGGCGAGGUUGGAACAUGUGGCGUUAUGCGAAUGCAGUGCCGCUGUUUCUCCAAACCUCAAACUAAAAUCCCUCCAAACUGCCAUCGAGCUUCUCCGCCAGAGCCACUCCAUCAUGAAACUCCUCAAACACCGGGACCCUGAAGACCUCAAGGACGCCCCCAAAUCCGAAGACCAAGACGAAAGAUCCAUGAAGAACGAACACAGCUUACUUUCACUCUUCGAGAAUAGGCUACACUAUAUCCUUAAAAGUAUAAUUCAAUAUUGCAGAUCUAAGUCGAAUAAGGAUUAUGAGAAAAUGACAGAUAUGUAUAAAAGAUUGUAUUCGGCGAGUUUGAAAAUAAAGAAGGAUGAUGAUCUAAGGAUAUAUGCGGGGAGUAUAUGUGAUGUGUUGGAAGCCAUGGAUGAUAUUAGUAAGGAAUUUGAGUAGUUGGAAUGUAAGGUUUAAAUAUAUGAUAGUUGUGAAAUUA